CUGAGAGAGUCCGGAGUUAGUCCAGUUUCGUCUGCUCGCAGCUCAGAACCGACCGAGAGGGGCUCACCGCGGAGGUCACGGAGACAGGAGGAGACUCUCUGAGAGGAUAACCGUGUGUGCUCUGAGGAGUACCGCUCCGUGUGGAUUUAUCUUCUUCCCUCUUGCUCCCCUGCGUGGGGUUCUUCUUUUUGCGCUUCAGCUCAACGCAUCAUCAGCACGUUUGACUUUUCCGCUCGAAAAAUAAAUUAAUGAAAACAAAUACAUAAAUAGAUAAAUGAAGAACAGCUUCUCGAUUCCACCCGAAGUUGUCUAAAAUUGAGGAAAACUUUUUGGGUAUUUUCUGACAACAUUUUCACCCUUGUAUAUCUACGACCCUGAAGAGAGUCAAAAUUCAUCGGUACGUGUUUAACAGCACUUAGCAGGUUAGCAAUAGCUCAGUGAGCCAGCGGUUUUGAAUGGAUUCCUCCUCUCAGGUGGCAGGGAAUGUUACUGUGACAAUGGCUGGAUUACCUUUCCCUCGCGGAGGAGGCUGCUGAGGAGGGGUGGAGGGCUGGGAGGAAGAGGAGGAGGAGGAAGAGAAGAAGGACCCCGAGCUGCGUUCCUCCACUUAAGCCACGACUGGGACGAGCCCUGUGACUGCCUCUUACAAGCUGGUCGGAUACGCGCAGAACAGUGAGAGGAGUGCAGUCAGCCUUUGCAGUCUGGGUCAAGAGGGAUUGGCAGAAGAAUGCUGGUCCCAGGUACCCAGGGGCAGGAUGGCGUCGUGUUGGCCAAGAGCCGUGGUCGUUAGAUGGUUUCUCUUGAUGCUCCUGUGGCACUGGGCACCUCUGGGUCCUCUGAGUUGGAUCCUGGCUGCAGCUGAGCGCCUGGACCACAAUCCUUCCCCUUUCUUAUCCGUGUCUGGCCGGAGCAGUGGCCAGCUGGACUGGCUCCUGUCCGACAAAGGGCCCUUCCACCGCUGCCCGGAGUACACAGAGUUCAAGGAGCGCUUUCAGCAAGGCUUCACCACUCGCUACAAAAUCUACAGGGAAUUCAGCCACUGGAAAGUGAACAGCUUGGCCACGGAGAAGAGAGACUUCUUCAAGGCCCCGCUGCCCUUGGCUCCGGAGUUCUUACGCAACCUCAGGCUGCUGGGAAGGAGGCCGAGUCUCCAGCAGAUCCAUGAAAACCUGAUAAAAAAAUACGGCACUCAUUUCCUCGUAUCCGCCACGCUUGGAGGGGAGGAGUCACUCACCAUCUUCCUGGACAAGCAGAAGCUCAGCAAGAAGUCUGAAGGGAACGGCAACAGCUCGGUGGUAUCCUUGGAAAUCCUGCACCAGCUGGCAGCCUCUUAUUUCACAGACAGAGAGAGCACCCUUAGGAGACUCCACCACCUCCAAAUUGCCACCUCUGCCAUCAAGGUAACAGAGACCAGAACGGGGCCUCUCGGAUGCAGCAACUACGACAGCCUGGAUUCUGUAAGCUCGGUGUUGGUGCACAGUCCAGAGAAUAAAAUCCACCUGAAAGGUUUACAAGAUGUUCUCCCUGACUUCCUGCGUAACCGCUUUGUGGAGGCGGCCCUCAGCUACGUGGCAUGUAAUUCAGAGGGUGAGCUGUUGUGCCGUAACAAUGACUGCUGGUGCCGAUGCUCUACAAAGUUCCCAGAGUGCAACUGCCCCUUCACCGACAUCAAAGCCAUGGAGGACAGUCUCCGCAAGUGCAAAGAGUCCUGGAUGGCCUCCAACAAAGAGUUCAUCGAGUCAGAUGAGUUCAAGGCUUUUCUCAACAAUCUGCCCACUGAUCGCUUUUUGAACACGACAACCAUCCUGAGGUUCUGGAACUCUGACCUGGCCUUGCAGAGGCGGCAUGGCUUGCUGGAGGCCACCACAAAAGUGAUCCUUGGAAAAGCCCAUAAGAUUGUGCGUAAACUCUUUACACUCAGCAAGCGCUGUCCCAAACAGCCAAAGAUCAGCCUGCCCAGAGACAGGACGCUGGGUUUCUGGCUAAACCGAGUGCAGUCCCUGCUAUACUGCAACGAGCAUGGAGUCCUGGGCUCCUUCUCAGAGGAGGUGCAGGGUUGUGUGUGCACCUCUGAGCAGAGCGGCGCCUGCCAGGGGACCAUCCCAUGCCUAUUGGGCGAGGGCACCCUGUGCUCAUCCUGUGCCCCAGACAACAUCACUCGCUGUGGGAUGUGCCUGCCCGGCAGCGUCCUUCACAUGGGAUUCUGUCGGCCCAACAUCGCCAACUCCUUGGACCACUACGUGAACUUCGAUCUGGAUAUGCCAGAUGCGGAGGCGCGCCACCUCCUGCGCCGGCUGGAUAGCCGCAUGGAGGUGCACGCCAUCUACAUCAGCAAUGAUGUGCGUCUGGGCAGCUGGUUCAACCCAGCGUGGCGCAAACGCAUGCUGCUGACGCUCAAGAGCAACAAGAACAAGUCCAACCUCAUCCACAUGCUGAUGGGGAUCUCCUUCCAGAUCUGUUCAACCAAGAACAGCACACUGGAACCCGUGCCUGCCAUAUAUGUCAACCCCUUUGGGGGCAGCCACUCGGAGAGCUGGUUCAUGCCAGUCAACCAGCAGGACUUCCCCGACUGGGAAAGAACCAGGCUGGACUCGUCCCUGCCAUGCUACAACUGGACUCUAACACUGGGAAGCAAGUGGAAGUCCUUCUUUGAAACGGUGCACAUCUACCUACGCAGCCGCAUCGUCACAGAUGACCCAGCCAUCAACGAGACGCUCUUCUAUGAGCCACUGGACCCAGAUGACCGCUCGGCCAACCUGGGUUACAUGAAGAUCAACAGCCUGAAGGUGUUUGGCUACAGCAUGCACUUUGAUGCAGAGGGUAUCAAGGACCUGAUCCUGCAGCUGGACUACCCGUACGCACAGGGUUCACAAGAUGCCACGUUCCUUAUGCUGCUGGAGAUGCGUGACCGCAUAAACCGCCUCUCACCGCCUGCCACCCAGCCACUGGACCUCUUCUCCUGCCUGCUCAGGCACCGGCUCAAGUUGUCUGCCGGCGAGGUGGCCCGCGUCCGGGACUCACUGCAAAGCUUCAGUGCCAAGCUGCCCAAUUCCUCAGAGCCUGAACUCGGCCAGCUGUGCAGCUAGCUCGGCUAAUUUUCCCUUGCUAGAGCGGGUGUGUUUAUGAAUGUGAAUGAGAGAGAGGAACAGAGGCACAGGAUUAUUUUGGGAAUAUGUGUAUACGUUAUUUUGUGUGGGUGGGCUUGUUAGCUUUUCAGAGCCUGCCACUCUUGGGCAGCAAACUGAACAAAUAGGAAGCCGUGACUGACGAGGGAGCACAGAGCAUGUAUUUAUCUAAAUGCUAACUGAAUUUAACAUGGACCAAAUCAAGCUACACUUCUGAAAGAAGCUUGACAAGAGAGAAAGAGAGAGAGAGAGAGAGAGAGACAGACAGACAGACAGAACUGCCUCCCAGUCUUUUCUGCAACAUAACACAAAAGCAGGACUUGUCUGCUCUUUCUUAUAUUCUGAAAAUGUGGGUAUUCUUUGGUGAUGUCAUUGUUAAACUUGAAAAGGGGUAUGGAAAAGAUAUUCUCCAUUUGGAUUAAUUUGUGGCAAAAUUAAUGGUCAUACAGUGAUAAUCAAUUCAGAGGUUUACCUUGCUUUUCUAUUUUAUCUUAACUAUAUGGAAAGCUGUAUAUCUGUAUUUAACACUGGAUUGAGAUCCUCUUAGCGGAAUCUUUGUAUUCAGAGAUAUGGCUAAACCAAAAGGUAAACAAACGUAAAGGCAAACCGAAUGGCAAAAUGUCUGUUU